UCACAACAAAAAUGGCACAUGAGAACGAGAAGUGUCGAUUGAACUAACCGACGUCCAUCAUCAGUGUUCGUACCGAAAACGAAACCUAACCACACGGUGUGGCUGACACACUGACCCAGGUGAAGCUGCAGUAACACGAGCCAUUAGCCCCCUCGGCGUAACUCAGGCAUGGCACUGCAAAUAUGUAUCAGAGCCCAAGCAUGCACUGGCCCUCUGUCCCGUGUCUGCGCUCACUUCCAGGGAGCCGGUGUCAGGUUCAAACACAUUUUAACUCCUGGAAGCCUCCGGCUGGGAGGAGAGCCAGCAAAAAGUCCUGUCCGCGGCCAUAUUAACGCUGCCCUCCGAGCUGAGAAGUUUUCGACAACAACAACAACCGCUGCACUUUUGAAGUCCAGUCAGGGGAACGCCUCCUCCUCACCCCGGGGGACGAGAGGUUGGCUAGGCAAGGUAGCCCUCGGUGCCGCCCUCGGAGUGAGCACAGUCGCUUUGGUCGAUUCUCUCCACACCGGAACAGUUACCGCCAUGGCUCGCAAAGUUAAACUGGACUCCGCUGAGGGAGACUGGAAGAAAACCAAGGACUUCUUGCUGUCUCUGUCUGUGACGGACAGGCGUGAACACUACAGGACGUCUAGCUUCGUGCCACUGGACGACAUCUCAGCCUGGACUCCCACUGCAGGCGGUUCUGAAAAAGCUCUCUACCAGAGGAAUGAAAAGUUGGACAAGAAGAUUUCCCUAUACAGCGGUGACAUCACCAAGCUGGAGAUAGACGCUAUUGUCAACGCAGCCAACAAGACUCUGCUUGGAGGAGGUGGAGUGGACGGAGCGAUCCACCGUGCUGCAGGUCCACUGCUAAAAAAGGAGUGUGCUUCCCUCCAGGGCUGUGAGACCGGAGAAGCCAAGAUCACUUGUGGCUAUGGCCUCCCAGCAAAGUAUGUGAUCCACACUGUGGGGCCAAUUGCACAAGGAGGAGUGGGAGAGGAGGAGAAGAAUGCCUUGCGGUCGUGCUACAAGAACAGCCUGCAAACAGCCACCAAAAACGCUGCACGCUCUGUGGUGAGCGGGGGGGGGGGAUGGAAGAUGGGAUUGCUAGGAAGUAAUGGGAACGAUGAAGAGAUACUGGGUUUAUCAGUCUUUCUGUUUACCAGAGUCCUGCUGAGCCACCCGAACAUAAAGAGUGUUAGGAUAGUGGAAAAGAAAAACAGCGCAGAAAACAAGCUAAAACAAACACACAGAUCUGUCAGUGGAGCUGUUCUUGCAAAUUCUGUGUGUAUAUUUUUUGUUUAUGUAGGAUAUCCACCUGAGCAGGCUGUGCACGAGGCGUUGGCAACUGUGAGGGAGUAUCUGGAUGAGCAUCAUGACAAGCUGGACAGAGUUAUCUUCUGUGUGUUCUUGCCGACGGAUAAGGAGCUGUAUCUGCAGACCCUCCCACUCUAUUUCCCUGCCGAGGCUACAAUCAAGAGUAAACUCUGAGUGUUGAUUUGUCAGAUUUGGUUGCUGUGGAUACACACCGCUACGCUUAGCAUCCAGAUUCCUUUUCCUCGUUGUCGUCACAGAUCAAAACCUUCUUCAGCAGGACGAUAACGCCUAAAUAGGUCAUUGCUUUUUUGAAGUGCACACUGGCUCAUCUACGGAUGUUAAUUAGUUCAUUCUUCUUCCUUCUUGUGAAAAAUGGACCUUAAGCUGCUCUCUAACUUGACCUUUGUUUUCUGUAUUGAGUGGCGCAUCAAGCUAAGAGUUAUGUGUUCUGUGCUAUUAGAAAAUUGGUAUUCCAGUAAGUGUGUGUGAGACAACGAUAAAAGCUUAUUAAAACAAAUCACACAGGC